GUUCGGUAAGAUUAUUGAUAUAAAAUCAGAUACACUUAAUCAUCAUGUACGACGAUUAUAGCGAGUAUGAUGCAUAUGAUGAUUAUGGACCAUCAGAUGUUCAUAGCGACCAAUAUGACAGAUUAAGCUAUCGUCAAGUACCAGAAGUUGUACGAAAUUUCCUUGUAUUUCUCCGAAAUUGUAUAAACGAAGGCAUGAUUUUUGAAACACAAAACCUUUAUGAAACAACAUUUCCGAAAAUUUCAGAGCAGUUAUUCGAUAAAUCUUCUUGGCCAGAUGCAGAAGCAAUUGCACAUAUAGUUGAUAAUGAUCGAGUAUUCCUUACUCUCUAUAAAGAACUUUACUAUCGUCAUAUUUAUGCUCGAAUGCAAGGGCCAACGUUAGAACAACGUCUUGGUUCCUUUUAUAAUUAUUGUGAUCUGUUUAAUUAUAUAUUAAAUCCAGAGACACCUGUCCAAUUAGAAUUACCUGAUCAGUGGUUAUGGGAAUUGAUUGAUGAAUUUGUUUAUCAAUUUCAAUCAUUCACACAAUAUCGUGCUAACUUAUCAAAUAAGACACCUGAAGAAAUUGAAAACCUGAAUGCACAUAAUAAAAUAUGGGAUGUACUUUGUGUCUUAAAUGUCUUACAUUAUUUAGUUGACAAAUCAAAAAUUAAAAGUCAAUUAGAGGUGUUUGCAAGUGGAGGAGAUCCAGAUUCAGUAGCGGGUGUAUUUGGAAGACAUUCUUUGUAUAAAAUGCUCGGAUAUUUUUCUCUUGUAGGUCUUCUACGUUUGCAUUCUCUUUUGGGAGAUUAUUAUCAAGCCAUUAAAGUUUUGGAAAAUGUAGAACUUUAUAAAAAAAGUGCAUAUUCUCAUGUGCCUGGUUGUCAAAUAUCAACAGCAUAUUAUGUUGGUUUUGCAUAUAUGAUGAUGCGCAGAUAUGCAGAUGCAAUCAGAACAUUCUCUGGAAUUUUGUUGUAUAUUCAAAGAACAAAACAAUUAUUCGCAACAAGAAGUUAUCAGAAUGACCAAAUUAAUAAGCAAACAGAGCAAAUGUAUCAUUUAUUAGCAAUCUGUCUUGUACUUCAUCCUCAGUGUAUUGAUGAAGGACUACAACAAGCACUACGCGAUAAAAAUUACCAUGAAAAAAUGUACAAGAUGCAAUAUGGAGAACUAGCAGAGUUUGAGUCCUGCUUUCUGUUUGCAUGUCCAAAGUUUUUGUCUCUUACACCACCAAAUCCUGACAAUCCAAAUGAAGAUUAUGUUCGAGAGGCCAUCAAACAUCAAACUCAGGUCUUCAUGGAUGAAGUUGUUCAACAGAAAAUGUUACCAACAAUUCGUUCAUAUUUAAAACUGUAUACUACAUUACCAUUAAGUAAACUAGCAACUUUCAUGUGCAGUAAUACUAGACCUGAUGAAAGCUGGGAUUUAGAUAAGGAAGUUAGUGCAUUAACCAUUCAUUUACUAUGCUUUAAACAUAAAAUGAAAAACAUUGUCUGGACAAAAGGGGCAUCAGGAUUACAUGGCAAAUUUCAAUCUGGCUCAGAGUUGGACUUUUACAUUGAUCAUGAUAUGAUUCAUAUCGCAGAUACAAAAGUAGCCCAUCGUUAUGGUGAUUUUUUCAUUCGAAAAAUUCUCAAAUUUGAAGAACUGAAUCGCAAAUUACACCAUAUAAAAAUUUAAUUAUUGUUUGAAAACCCUAUUUACAGAGGAAAAA